GUCCUGGAUUAUGACUACUACGGUGCGUACGGCCGGGAGCGCCACAGGGACUACACCUACAACCGACUGCUGGGGGAUGAGUACACCUUUGACUUCCCCCCUCACCAUCACAUUAUCAAGAAUGAGUGCUUAACGUGUAGAAAUGCCCUGGCUCUCUUCGACAUGUCUUAUUUUGGGAAGUUCUACCUGGUUGGUCCUGAAGCAACGAAAGCAGCGAACUGGCUGUUCACUGCCGAUGUGAGCAAAGCACCAGGCUCGACUGUCUACACCUGCAUGCUGAACAAAAGGGGUGGCGUGGAGAGUGACAUGACCGUGAGCCGGAUCAACCCUGGGGACCCAGCCUCCCCCCUGGCCCCUAAAUUUGAAGGGGAUGGCUACUACUUGGCGAUUGGCGGGGCCGUGGCUCAGCACAACUGGUCACACAUCACCACUGUGCUGCAGGACAUGAAGCUCCAGUGCAAACUCCUCGACUGCUCAGAGGAGCUGGGCAUGAUGAGCAUCCAGGGGCCUCUGAGCCGCGUCGUCCUCCAAGAAGUCCUCGACACUGACCUCAGCAACGAGGCCUUCCCCUUCUCCACCCACAAACUCACCACGGCCGCAGGAUGCACGGUCCGUGCCAUGAGGUUGUCGUUCGUCGGUGAGAUGGGCUGGGAGCUGCACGUGCCCAAGGGGGACUGCGUGAAGGUUUACCAGGCAGUGAUGCAGGCAGGGGCCCGACACGGCAUUACCAACGCCGGCUACAGAGCCAUCGACAGCCUCAGCAUCGAGAAAGGGUACAGGCACUGGCACGCAGACCUGCGCCCCGAUGACACCCCACUAGAAGCAGGCUUGGCCUUCACCUGCAAGCUCAAAUCCAGCAUCCCAUUCCUGGGCCGGGAGGCUGUGGAGGCUCAGAAAGCCAAGGGCAUCUUCCGCCGCCUCGUCUGCUUCACCACCGAGGAAAGGGUGCCAAUGUUUGGCCUGGAGGCGAUCUGGCGGGAUGGCAAGGUGGUCGGCCACAUCCGUCGGGCAGACUUUGGGUUUGCCAUCGACAAAACCAUCGCCUAUGGCUACAUCCGUGACCCUGCGGGGGGCCCAGUCUCACUGGAUUUUGUGAAGAGCGGCAGCUACGAGCUGGAGCGGAUGGGAGUGACCUACCCUGCCCGAGCGCACACCAAGUCCCCGUUUGACCCGGACAACAAGCGAGUGAAAGGCUUUUACUGA